UGGGCUGAAGUCGCGGUUUCGCUGUUUCGCUUGGCUUAUUGCGCGACGCAGCACUCGCGAUUAAAGUGCGCCGCGUCGUCAUCGCCGCCGUCGCCGCCGCCGUUGUCUGUCAUCGUCACCGUCGACCGCAUCGUGAACUCGUCUCGCAUCAGCAACACGACGGUUCAUAGGGGAUACCCGGGAUAUCAGACGCUUUCCCGAGGGUGGGCGGUGUCAGGUUAGGUUCCCGUCCAAGGAGUAACGAGAAAGCCGCCAAGCUGGCGAGUCUAACAAGCUGUGUGUCGACGAUGAUGGAUGACGAGGAACAGGAAGAGCUCCGUUGCACCGGCAGCGACGUCGAGAUCGAGGAAUACACCGACACCGAGGAAUCGCCAUAUGUCCCUUAUCAGGCGGGCGGUGAUAAGCUGUUCGAUACCGAUCGCGAAAAUUGGCAGAAGCUCCGUUUCCUGGUUACUCUUGUGUCGGUUGCAAUAUCAGUUACCGUUCUCGUUAUCAGCUAUCCGCUUUAUCUCGAGAGCGUCGCCGCUGUCUCCAGCGCUUACACAGGACUCCUUUUCACUGCCCUGUGCUCCGCUUGUAUUUUGGGGUUGGUGUACUUCGUCGUGGACAGAGUGUCACCACCACCGCCAUUAAUACCGAACAGCAUGCGGAUUAAGAUCCCCCGCUGUGGUCUGAUCAAAAUAAGCACUCUGUACGCCCUCUCAGGAAUCCUAAUCACUCUGUCUCUCGAUCGGAAUAGGGUGUUAUGCCACUUACAAGAUCCGAUAAAGGGCAUUACUCUCGUCUUCUCUCUCGUCUAUUACUUCUUUUUUUGUCAAAAAAUGAUGAGUCUGCAGCGAAUAUUUUCGAGCACAACUAUAAUAGUGGGUCUGUUUAUAAGCGUCGAUUACGGUCUCUGUGACGAGUUUCGUUGUCGAGGAAGAGAAGUUUCUUCGCACACAGCCGCCAUGAGAGGAUCCUGGGGUGCUCGGGCGGUUUGGACGUUCGUUUACGUGGGCUCUCUCGCCGCCUUCGCCAUGUUCUUCACUAUGCUUGAACGCCAUUACACUACCGGGCAACAGAACAUGUGCCAGAUGAUGACAACGCAGCACAAUUCUUUCCUAUACACGGUGUCUCGUCUAGUGUCUUCGCGCGAUAUUCGUCGUCGUGGCUCCGAGGAGGAGGGUGGUCGAUUGUUGCACGUGACCGAUCCGGAUCCCACGAUAAAACCAAAAAGCUACCCCAAGCCACCGGUGAUGCAAACCCUUUUUUACAUACACGUCAUUGCUUUCUUCGCCAUCCUGACGUUCUGCUGGCUCGACACUUUGCCCGGUGUUGGCAGGGGUCUAUCACCCGUUGAACUCUAUCGUACUGUCGAACGUGGACUAAUAUGCCACUUUAAAGGUGAUAAUGUAUGCGCGAACGUUUCCAGUCACGGGUGGAUUUUCUUAUUCGCGUAUGUUAUCUUCGCGAUCUCGAGUCUCAACUUCCUGUCGUUGUGCGAAAGCUCAGUGUUCAGCGUGGCCACCGCUACCGUUUCGCUUCCGCUGUCUGGUAUCUGGUGGAGCAUUUACAGGAUGGACGUUAGUUUACACGGGGGUUUCAUCUCCUGGUCACCAGGAGUAACGGGCGAGCUGAUCUGCGCCUUGCUUGGUCUUCCUGUCGUGCUGCUCGGUCUGGGCCUGCUGGUCAGAUCGCACUUCAGAGAUACACAGAUUCCUUACCAAACUAUUCAGCCGCCCGACAUCCAGCCGCACGAGGCCUGUCACAGAUGAAUCUCUCUGUAGCAUCUAGCCUGGCCUCGCGACGAGGUCGACACCACGUGCGGUGAUCCACGAAAAUGAAUUCUGAUCGAUUCGAUGGGUAUGACGAUAAACCGUUGCUCUCACAUCGAAUUGAUCGGAACAAACGAUAUUAACAAGACAAAUUUCACCGA